CAUUGUCAACACAGACAAUAUAAUGUCAACAACUAAACUAAACUAAACUAAACUAAACUAAACCCUUUGGUCGGUCCAAAUACUAAUAAUAAUAACCCAACCCUGUCGUAACUUUUUGUUUCUUCUCAUAACCGCUUUGCUUUUAACCGGAUUUGGGCUUUCCGGCGACGACGGCGAAAACCUGCAUCUCGUUAGGUCAGUGUCCUUUCUUCUCUCUCUCUGGUCGGCCGCCGCAGAAAAUAGUGAUCCCUGCAAAUUUGAUACAUAAAACGGAGAAUCUGAUAGCUGAGAGAGAGAAAACGCGUAAGGAGUGUGACUGAAAAUCAGAUGGGAAGCAGCAACAGAAGCGGAGAACAAAGAAAGCAAAUGGCAGAACUAAGCAAAAGCCUUAAAGAAGGUGAGAGGAUUCUGGAGCCUACUCGUAGACCUGAUGGUACUCUCCGGAAACCCAUCCGAAUUCGAGCUGGAUAUGUUCCUCAAGAUGAAGUUCUCGUUUAUCAGUCCAAAGGUUCUUUGAUGAAGAAGGAGCUGGCCUCACUAGGACCUCCAGGUUAUGAACCGGAUCCAACUCCUAAACCAAAGACUAAAGCUGCUAAAAAGAACGAACGUAAGAAAGAGAAGAGAUUACAGGCUGCUGCGCAAAAAGGUACCAGCUCUGAGGAUGGAUCAGCUAGUAAUGUAGACAAAGAAGAAGCUGUUUCCACUGUGACCUCAAGCAAUGGAUCCCAAUCUGUGAAUGUAUUGGUUUCUACUCUGAAGGCUUUAGAUGUUUCUUCAAAUAAUGAUGUAGCUUCUUCGGACCUUGGAGAAGCACCCAAUCCAGGAACUGCAAGAGAAGACACUGAGAAAAGAAUACGUGCACUUAAGAAGAAAAUCCGACUCACAGAAGCUCAACAGCAGAAGACUGAUCCCAAAGACCUUAAGCCGGAGCAAUUGGAGAAGUUCUCUAAGUUGGAGGAAUGGAAGCAAGAACUCGAGGCUUUGGAGGAUAAGGAGGCUUAGCUUUCUGCAGCAUCGACAUGAAUUGUCUAGCUUUCAGACAGGUUGUACCUUUUCUCAAGAAAUUGCUGGAAUCAAUCCAAACUUGUAUGAAUGAAAGGAGGUUAUUCUUAGAGCUUUUGUCAGAAAUCUUGUUAGACUGUCUUGGCACAUUGCCUAAAUUCUGAAAACUGAUGCCACUUUCUGUGAUUGUGUUUGGUUCUCGCCUAGACCAAUAUGAUUUCAGUUAGAUGAUGUGGAGUUGCUGUAACAAACAUCAAUCUGUAACAAACAACAACCAUUUCUUUUUUUAAGUUUGAAGAAUUAAAA